UUGAUAAUGUAGCAACGUUAGUACUACUGAAGUAUUUAACAGGCAGGCCGGUACACCCUCGUGAGCCUAGACGGCCGAUCGAUCGGUGUUUUCGAAAACCAUGGAGGGGGAUCAUGGGAAGAUGGGACUUAGACAGAGUUUAAGGAAAAGCAUUAGUAGAAGUCUUGGCCGAGCAGCCGGGGGUUGGCUCAUCGAAGAUGUGUUUGCACCUGGUGGCGGUGGUAGCCACGACGGUCGUAGCAGUCGUCACUCCAUGGAGGACGAAGAGGCCUUACGAUGGGCCGCCUUAGAAAAACUACCUACUUAUAAUCGUUUACGGACUACUAUUUUCAAGUCUUAUAACAUUCCAACAGACCAACAACAAAAUGACAUGCCGAAUGAGCAAAUUUUGUUAGAUGUUCGUGACCUUGAUCCACAUGCUCGACAAAACUUUAUUGAUAAGAUUUUCAAAGUUGCGGAAGAAGAUAACGAAAAGUUUUUGAAAAAGUUCAGAGAUCGCGUUGAUAAGGUCGGAAUCUCCCUUCCAACGGUUGAAGUUCGGUUCCAAAACUUGUCCAUAGAAGCUGAUUGCCACGUCGGAGAAAGAGCCCUUCCAACACUCACUAAUACGGCAAGAAAUAUUGCCGAAUCCCUUCUAGCUUCCUUCGGCAUCACUUUCUCUGAGAAAGCUAAACUUAGCAUUAUUAAAAAUGCAUCCGGUAUUAUCAAACCAGCAAGAAUGGCACUUUUGUUGGGGCCGCCGUCUUCUGGGAAGACGACACUUAUGUUGGCUCUGGCGGGAAGACUGGAUCCAAGCUUAAGGGUUGAGGGAGAGAUAACUUACAAUGGGCAUACGCUAGAUGAGUUUGAACCUCGGAGGACAGCAGCCUAUAUUAGCCAGAACGAUAUUCAUGUUGGAGAAAUGACGGUCAAGGAAACUUUGGAUUUCUCAGCAAGAUGUCAAGGAGUUGGAUCUCGCUUAGAAAUGCUAACGGAGCUUGCAAGAAGAGAAAAAGAAGCAGGGAUCUUCCCAGAAGCUGAAGUCGACCUUUUCAUGAAGGCAACUGCAAUCGAAGGAGAUGCCAGCAGCUUGAUUACUUACUACACUCUUAGAAUAUUGGGCCUCGAUGUCUGUCGUGACACCUUUGUUGGUGAUGCAAUGAGACGGGGUAUCUCUGGAGGACAAAAGAAGCGUGUGACCACGGGAGAGAUGCUUGUUGGACCAGCAAAAACUCUAUUUAUGGACGAGAUAUCAACGGGUCUAGACAGCUCCACUACGUUUCAGAUAGUCAAGUGCAUGCAGCAGAUUGCUCACCUCACCGAGGCAACAGUCUUCAUGUCCCUACUACAACCGGCUCCGGAGACGUUUGAUCUCUUUGAUGACAUCAUCCUACUAGCUGAGAGCCAGAUUGUGUAUCAGGGUCCACGCGAAUACAUUGUUGACUUCUUUGAGGGUUGUGGUUUCAAAUGUCCGGAGAGAAAGGGUACUGCUGAUUUCUUGCAGGAGGUGACAUCUAAAAAGGACCAAGAGCAAUACUGGGCAGAUAGAAACAGGGCAUAUAGAUAUGUCACAGUGAAUGAAUUUUGUCAAAGGUUCAGGAGUUUCCAUGUGGGUGAAAAGCUGAAAAAAGAGUUGGCAGUCCCGUACGACAAAAACCAAAGUCACAAGGCUGCUCUAGUGACACAGAAGUUCUUAGUACCCAAAAUGGAGCUCCUUAAAGCUUCUUGGGAUAAGGAAGUGCUGCUAAUGAAGAGAAAUGUUUUCAUAUAUAUAUUCAAGACAUUUCAACUCCUCACUAUGGCAUUCAUUUGCACGACUUUGUUUCUAAGGACCGAAAGGAGCCACGAUAAUGAAAUCGAUGGCUCCAUUUAUAUAGGGGCACUUAAUUGCAGUAUGCUCACUAACAUGUUUAAUGGGUUUGCUGAUCUUGCCCUCACUGUCAUGAGGCUUCCUGUUAUUUUCAAGCAAAGAGACCUCGCAUUCCACCCUUCAUGGUCUUUCACACUUCCAUCUGUCUUACUUCGUAUCCCCAUUGCUAUGGCCGAGAGUUUAGUUUGGACUCUUAUUCUAUACUGGGGCGUUGACUUGGCCCCUGAAGCUAGCAGGUUCUUCAAGCAUCUCGUGUUGGUUUUUCUGAUCCAGACUAUGGCAACAGCACUGUUUAGGUUGAUUGCGGGAGUUUGUAGGACAAUGAACAUGGCAAACACUGGAGGAUCAGUAGUACUUCUCCUUAUAUUUUUGUUGGGAGGUUUCAUUCUGCCUAAAACCAGAAUUCCAAACUGGUGGGAGUGGGCUUAUUGGAUUUUCCCCCUGUCUUAUAGCUUCAAAGCCUUCAAUCUCAAUGAGUUCCUUGACGAUAGGUGGACUAGCAUAAAAAGUGUGGACAAUUCAACAAGUGUGGGCGUUGCAGUGCUAAAGAACAUGGACAACCCAACUUCAGCACACAUAUACUGGACCUGUGCCGCUGCUCUCCUUGGUUUUGCAGUUGUCUACAAUAUCCUCUUCACACUGGCUCUUAUGUAUUUAGAAGCCCCUGGAAAGAAACAAGCAAUUAUCUCCAAGGAAGAAGCUGCAGCCAUGAAAGGUCGUGGUGCGGAAGAUGGUUCAAAGGGAAAUAAGGAAAUGCACCAGAUAACCCGAGCUGUCGAUCCCAGUGGUGCAUCUAAGAAAGGAAUGGUUCUUCCAUUUACUCCAUAUGCCAUGUCAUUUGAUGACAUGAACUAUUACGUCGAUAUGCCUAGUGAAAUGAGAGAACAAGGAGUGACAGAAGAUAGGCUGCAGUUACUUCGUGAUGUAACUGGUACUUUCAGACCUGGAGUUCUAACCGCAUUGAUGGGAGUCAGUGGAGCUGGAAAAACUACAUUAAUGGACGUUUUAGCUGGAAGAAAGACAGGCGGUUAUAUUGAAGGAGAUAUAAGAAUAUCAGGAUUCCCAAAGAAUCAAGAAACAUUUGCAAGAAUCGCUGGAUACUGUGAACAAACCGAUAUCCACUCUCCUACAAUCACCAUACAUGAAUCGUUGAUCUACUCUGCUUUCCUCCGUCUUCCAAAAGAAGUCAGCAAUGAAGAAAAAAUGACUUUUGUGAGUGAAGUAAUGGAGCUAGUUGAGCUAGAAAACAUCAAGGAUGCAAUAGUAGGUCUUCCAGGAGUCACUGGUUUGUCAACAGAACAAAGAAAAAGGCUAACAAUUGCAGUCGAGCUUGUGGCUAAUCCUUCAAUCAUCUUCAUGGAUGAACCAACUUCCGGGCUUGAUGCAAGAGCAGCUGCCAUUGUUAUGAGGGCUGUGAGAAACACUGUGGAUACCGGAAGAACAGUCGUUUGCACCAUUCAUCAACCUAGCAUUGAUAUCUUUGAAUCCUUUGAUGAGUUGCUACUGUUGAAAAGAGGAGGACAAGUUAUCUACUCAGGACCCUUAGGCAGACAUUCUCAACAGAUCAUUGACUACUUUGAGGCAGUUGAAGGGGUUCCAAAGAUACCCGAAAAAUACAAUCCAGCAACAUGGAUGUUGGAAGUCAGUUCUGGUGCUGCAGAGAUGCGGCUGGGUGUUGAUUUUGCUGAGAUUUUCACUGCAUCGACUUUGCAUCAAAGGAACAAAGCUCUAGUGAAGGAGUUAAGUGUGCCUCCUCCAGGAGCCGUCGAUCUUCACUUUGAAACACAAUAUGCUCAGUCUUCAUGGGGUCAAUUCAAGUCUUGCCUGUGGAAGAUGUGGUGGAGUUAUUGGAGAAAUCCCGAUUAUAACCUUGUCCGUUUCUUCUUCACCUUGCUUUGCGCAGUCGUUGUUGGAACCAUUUUUUGGAAGAUUGGCAACAAAAAAGAAAACAGCAAUGAUCUGAGCGCAGUCAUUGGGGCCUUGUACGCUUCUGUAUUUUUUGUUGGUCUUAACAAUUGCCAGACAGCACAGCCGGUUGUGGCCACAGAAAGAACUGUUUUCUAUCGUGAAAGAGCAGCAGGGAUGUACUCCUCAUUACCAUACGCCAUGGCACAGGUGCUUGUGGAGAUACCAUAUGUGUUCCUUCAGUGCACAUAUUAUUCUUGCAUUGUGUACACCAUGAUUUCAUUUGAAUGGACAGCACCCAAAUUCUUCUGGUUUUUCUUCAUCAACUUCUUUUCAUUCCUCUACUUCACAUACUUCGGGAUGAUGACUGUCUCCAUCACACCAAAUGAUCAAAUAGCAGCCAUAUUCGCAGCCGGUUUCUACCUGCUCUUCAAUCUCUUUUCAGGCUUCUAUAUCCCACGACCCAAAAUUCCUGGAUGGUGGAUUUGGUAUUACUGGAGCUGUCCCAUGGCGUGGACUGUAUACGGAAGCAUUGUUUCACAGUAUCAUGAUGUGGAUAACCCAAUCGUGGUGCCUGGAAUGGCAACUAACCCGCCCAUGUCAGACUUUAUCCAUGACUACUUUGGAUUUGAAAUGGAUUUCAUGGGUCCAGUUGCUGCGGUCCUAGUUGCUUUUUGUGCGUUCUAUGCGGUCAGCUAUGCCGUUUUCCUGAGGACAUUGAACUUCCAAAUGAGAUAACUUAAUUAGAGCAAGUAUGUAAUGAUCAUGCAAGAUCGAUUAGUUUAUAGAUUUUUUGAUGUUGGAGUAAAACUUGUUUAUUUUUAUCACUAAUUGCAAUUCGACUAUCAGGUUUGGAUUUUGUAUUUA